AUGGUUCCAUACUAUCCUGAACGAACCCCAGAAACGUGGGCUUUGGGUGAAUUACAGCCCCCUUUGACUCCCCAUGCAGUGAGCGCCUCUUUGCCGACGUGGGAUAACGUUGUAGGAUGGUCUCGUCGCGAGCCUGGUGUAGUGGACAAAGUGAAAGGUGGUUAUCCACGCUUUUACAUUCACAAGAUCAUCCAGAGACUGAGUCAGGAAGUAUUAUCGAGAUUGAAGGUAGCUGAUGCAAACUGUAUGAUCUUCCCAUCCGUCGCAUCUGCAGGGAGAUGCGCGGGAUUUUUGGAUCAGAAGACGUCCCCAAGCAAUCUCAGGACAGUUUCGUUUCAUGCGCCUGAGCUUCGACCCGAUGGCCUAUCGGUAGAACAGGCGAAAUGGGCGCAUUUCGAAGCUGUGAUUUACCCUAGUGACCUGCAGCCGGAGGCCAUGGCAUUUUGGCGACAAAGUGGAGAUGGGAUUUCCAGUCGGCAUGCUGAAUACGCACUAUCGCUAAUAGACUAUUUGGAGGUGAUGGAGAAUGGAACUCCCAAUCACGACCUAUGCCUUAUCUCAGAUAGCCAGGCAUGCGCUGCACCAGAACUAAAGUCCGGUGCAGAAGAGAAAAGGUCCAUCCGCUCAUUUAUUGCAGAGCUCGCAACGUCCGACGAAGGUGGUCAAUUAACUGCUCAUGAUGUGUUUCUGUUUCCAAAAGGCCUGAGCGCUAUCUACGCUGUGUCAAGGGCUCUGAGAUUUUUGAGCCUCGGCGGACAGGACUCUAUCGUUGUAUAUGGAUUUCCAUACUGCGAGACCGUCAAAUGCAUUGAACUGACAGGAUGGACAAAAUUCACACUGCACGGCCAUGGGACCAAGCAGGAACUAGACCAGCUGGAGGCAUACCUUGAAAGUGGAGAGCGCAUUAGUGCUCUAUUUUGUGAAUUCCCAAGCAAUCCACAGCUUAAAUCCCUAGAUCUACCACGACUUCGUACCCUAGCUGAUCGAUAUCAUUUUGUGAUCGCUUGCGAUGAAACAAUCGGCACCUUCGUUAACGUUGAUGUAUUACCAUAUGUGGACAUUAUUAUGACUAGCUUAACCAAGAUCUUCAGUGGUGCCUCUGAUGUUAUGGGCGGGUCAGUCAUUGUGAACCCACGGUCCACCUACUAUGGCUCUAUUUGUGACGCCCUUGCUUCUCUAUGGGAGGAUACCUAUUUCCCACUGGACGCCAUUACACUCGCACAGAAUUGUAUCGAUGUCGUAUCCCGGGUUAGGAAAUGCAGUCACAGCGCUGAGGCAAUCGCAAACCUCAUCAACGCCCACCCAGCGGUAGAAAGGGUCAAUUAUCCAUCACUUGUACCUACCAGACAGCUCUACGAGAGAUGUAAACGGAAGGAUGGAGGCUAUGGAUUUCUCAUAAGCAUCAUCUUUCGCAAUCCUGUCAGCGCGAUUCGAUUCUAUGACAAUUUGACCGUGGCCAAGGGACCUAGUCUGGGCACGAACUUUACCCUGGCUAUUCCUUAUGCCCUUUUGUCGCAUUUUAGAGAGCUGGAGUGGGCGGCCAGUUUCGAUGUUCCUGAGCAUAUUGUUAGAAUAAGUGUUGGACUGGAGGAUACGGAUGAACUUCUGGGUGCUGUGAGGAGAGCACUGGACUGUGUUGAAAUGUAG